AUGGCACCGACGCUUGAAGACGUUGCGAAGCCACAGAGUAUGCCUAGUGGUCCACGAAAUGUACUUCGUUCUAAUGACUCUGCAAGUCUUUGGAAUUGUACACUCUCACCGGGUUGGUCACGAGAAGAGAGUGACAUAUUAAGGAAAGCGCUCAUGAAGUUUGGAAUCGGCAACUGGGCAAAGAUUAUCGAUUCACAGAGCCUUCCAGGAAAAACUAACGCUCAAAUGAAUUUGCAACUUCAGAGAAUGUUGGGACAACAAAGUACAGCAGAGUUUGCUGGUUUGCACAUCGAUCCCUUGGUGAUAGGAGAAAAAAAUUCUAAGAUUCAAGGAUCAAAUAUAAAACGCAAAAACAAUUGCAUCGUCAAUACCGGAGGAAAACCUACGAGGGAUGAGAUCAAACGAAGAAUUCAACAAAACAAACAACUAUAUGAGAUCUCUGAAGAGGAGUGGAACAAUAUUAUAUUGCCAAAGCCUGAGGAUCCACAAUUGGUAUUAGAAUCUAAGAAUGAAGAUCUCCGACGUUUACAACAAGAACUGGAAAGUGUUCGGGCACAGAUAGCAAGCUUGCGACGUAAACAACAGGAAAAAGAUUGUUUCUAA